AUCUGAACUAAAAACAAACGAAACGCAGCUUGGAAUGAUAUUUUGAAUUUUGAAGGUAACAUCAAAAGCUUUCCAGGGGACUGUCGAAAGGAGAAAUAUUUAUAAAUAGCAAUAAGGAAGGAAAGAAGGAAAUAAGAACGGGGAAAGGGUCUCUCACUUGGAAGUGCAAAAGCAUAUUUCUCGGAUUCCCUUCGACAAAACCAUCAAAAUCCUCAGGUUGAGAAAAUGGUUUAUGGAUGGAGAAAGACGUUUAACACAUCAAAAACGAUGCCGGAAAACAGAGAACCAGACAACCACGCCAUUGCAACAAUUCCCUCUCGUCCCCUCCGUUGCCGAACUUCACUCUCCAAUUCACCCCUUUCCAACAGCCCCAGACAACAAUGCAACAAUGCCAGAACUCCCUCUCCCAACAAACGCAAGAGCCCCACGUCGUUUCCCUCUUCCCCCAACUCACCCUCAACCUUCUCUCUUCUCAAAGCCACCCUACGCCUAUCCAAAAACCUAUGUGGAAUCUGCACUCAGAGUGGGAAAACCGGAGAAGGAAAAGCAAUAUUCACAGCGGAAUGCUCUCACAUCUUUCACUUCCCAUGCAUAGCAGCUCACGUGAAAAAGCAGCAAAUGCUAACGUGCCCUGUCUGCCGCACCACCUGGAAAGAACUGCAAAACGUCGACGAAAACAGAGCACAGCACGUCAAAACGACCAAUUCGUUGAAGCCCCACAUUUACAACGACGACGAGCCACUCAUGUCACCCACGUCCAUCUCCCGUUUCAACCCCAUACCCGAAUCCGUUGAAAACGAAGAAGAAGAAGGUGAUGAUGAACUAAACGGAGAACAAACGGGAUUCAAUCUCUCGUCAUCGCUCAAAACCAGAAACAUCGACGCCUGCUUCUCUCCAGAGGCUGCUAUUGUAGCGUCCAAUCGGAGCGCUGAGACAUACGUUGCGGUGUUAAAAGUGAAGGCUCCGCCGCGUAAUGCGGCGGUUAAUCGGCCACCGGUGGACCUCGUAACGGUACUCGACGUCGGCGUGACCGCCUCCGGCGAAGAGCUUCGGAUGCUGAAACAUUCGAUGCAAGCUGUGAUCUCCUCGCUCGGCUCUGCCGACCGUCUCUCCGUCGUUGCAUUUUCCGGCGGUUCUAAGCGGUUGUUUCCGCUGCGAAGGAUGACCGGCCGCGGCCAGACGGCGGCGCGGCGUGUUGUUGACGCCUUGGCAGCGAUUGAACUUCGCCGCGACGCAACACCGGCGAAAAACGAUGCCCUGAAGAAAGCUGCGAAGGUUCUGGAAGAUCGACGGCAGAAGAACCCCGUCGCAAAAAUCAUUCUCCUCACAAACGGUCACGAGGAUCAUAGACUCUCCUCCUCGCGCUUCCCGGUUCAUUCUCUGAGAUACUAUCGUGAUGGCGCGUGUGGCCACGUGCAGCAAGACAGCGAAUUCUCAAACCGCGUGGAGAGUUUGUUGAGCGUGGUUGCGCAAGACCUCAGGCUCGAAUUAAAACCAGCGUCGCGCUCGGCCACGGCGGAGAUCAUCGCCGUGUAUUCUUUGGCUAAGUGUUUUACCGCCGCUCUAUCGCCGGAUUCCGCCGUGAUGGGCGAUAUGUAUGCGGCGGAGGAGAGGGAGUUAAUGGUGGAGUUGAAAGUGCCAGCUGGAACAGCGUCGCGUGGGUCCCACCAUCAUUUUAUUUCCGUACGGUCUUCUCAUCGUGAUCCCUUCACUCAAGAGCUUGUGCAUUCCAAGGAGCGUGAGUUCGUGUUUCCCCGACCCCACACGGUUCGAUCGUCUAACCCUAUGAUUGAACGGUUGAGGUGCCUCCACGUCAGUGCUCGAGCCGUAGCCGAGUCGAGACGGUUGGUGGCUCGCAACGACGUGUCUGGAGCUCUUCACUUGGUCGCCUCGGCUCGAGCUUCGAUGAUGCAGUCGAGCCAGGAACACGGUGGUGAUUGCUUGCGCUGGCUUGAAGCGGAACAAGCCGAGCUUCGAUGCCAAAAGCCGAUGAGGAGUAAUAAUUCCGUGGAGGAAAAGGUUGAGCCCCUUACCCCGAUGUCGGCUUGGAGAGUAGCCGAGAGGUUGGCUAAAGUGGCUAUCAUGAGAAAGUCUAUGAACAGAGUCAGUGAUUUACAUGGAUUCGAGGAUGCCAGAUUUUGAAUUUUUUAUUAUUGUUUUUUUUCCUUUUUGUAGUUUGUACUUUGUAGAGGGAGAAAAUAAAAUAUUAAUAAAAAUGCGUUUUUGUUGUC